AGGGAAGGAGGCUGCUGCUGGGGAAGGUCAAGGGGCUUUUACGCGCAGUUGGCACCUUCGUGUUGACCGCGCACCAGGGACUGCGGUUGAUUCAUCUGUAACAUCGUAGUGUGGGACCGAAUCAGUGGCUUUCGGCUCCAAUACUGGCGAAAGAAUAUGUGCAGUUGACCUCCAGGGAGUGAGCAGAGUGCGUAAAACGUGUUGGAGUUCGGCAUGGCUCUGGAAAGCGCGUCGCUCCUGAAAGCGGGGCUUGUGUUGCUGAUGGCAGCUCAAGUCCUGCCAGCAGUGUCCAGCUGCAACACGGGAUUCUACGAGAGGACGAUCAACGAUCUCUGCUUAGCUAAGUUCAAAUACGACAUGGGAGUGCUGGACCGAGGCCUGUGGUGCAGCUGGCCCGACACCGUGGAGAUCUAUGAGGGGAUAACAAACUGCACCUACCAUGUGGCCUUGAAGGUUGACUGCUUCUGGCCAAAUCAGAUAGUGGACCGCUUCUUCAUGCAGAUUCACCGGAUGUACUUCCACAACUGCGCUCUGACGGGCCGGCUCCUGCACGACCCGCCGACCAGCAUCCUCGCCCCGUUCAUCGCGGUGCCCGUGCUGAUCACCCUGCUCAUGACUGCCCUUGUGGUGUGGAGGAGUAAACGCACGGAGGGGGUUUUAUAGGGACCGGCCUCUGGAUCGAGGCUUGUAAAUACGUACGGCAGAGGUGUAGCAUGUGAUGAAAGAUUUUUAGGGGAUUUAUUCCUCAUAUAUUAAGCUGUGUGUAUAGACGGAGUGUGGAGACAGUUUGACUGCAGCAGAUGUUGACUUUAAUAUAUAAUAAAUGCUCUAUUUGGUAUAAAAAUAGAAUUAAUUUGUGGAUAACAUCACCAAUAUGGGAGUGUCAAGGUUUGGCAGGGGAAAGUAAUAAAGAAAGGUCUUUGAGAUUCAGGGGAAUUGGGGGCCAUGCAUGUUAAUUACCAUCUGUUAUCAUAUCCCUAAACAAUCUGUGAACACAUAAAUAACUGUAGGAUACGA